AUGCCCAGGCUCCGAGUCACCCUUUGGGUGACCUUCUGGGGCGUUCUAAUACAACGUGCUGAAGCACUCAACUCAACAUUAGCCUCCUCGUCAGCCGAUCUCGCUUUGGAUCAUGCCAUAGAAAGAUCCGUGCUGCUCGAACAUCUCGAGGGAUCAGGUACAGACGUCGUAACCGACAGCAGCCACACGCUCACAACUCUUACACAUGAUGGUACUGUCAGCCCCAAAGUCAAAAAGAGAGCCGCUGACUUUUACAACGGUUUUGUGGGUCCACAAUUCUAUUCGCCAUUCUCCAUCUCAUCCCCUCGCUUCCCUCCUACAUCGGUCAUCGGCCUCGGUCGACCACUGCAACGAGACAGCAUGCCACCGAACGUGGAAUAUGUAGCCCUCUGGUAA